AUGAAGCUUCUAGUGGGCUUGUCCCUUUUCGUAGCAUUAUCUGUUGGCAGUGCUAUUGAGCCGACAAUUCCUUUAGACAACAGCCACUAUGUGGAGGGAGUAAGCAGAUACAUAUGGAUGCCUGAUGGAAAUGAUGUGCCACACCUCGUCGACCUCCAAGCGCCAGCUGAGCCUAUCGACCUAUUGAGUGGUGCUGACAACCAAUAUCUGCUAUUUACGAGGCGAAAUCCUCAAAAUUCACAACAGUUAAGACACAACGAUCUGAAUUCUGUACGCAAUUCCAACUACAAUCGUAACUGGCCUAUCGUUGUCAUCGCUCACGGUUGGAAUGGUGAUAUAAACUCUAAAGUAAACGGCUUCGUCCGGGAUGCCAUGCUCGCCGUCGGAGAUUAUAAUGUAAUUGUUUUGGACUGGCGUAGAGGUGCUGGCGGCCUUUAUACGUCCACCGUUCGAGCUGUUCCCGGUACCGGCGAACAACUUGGUUUCUUUCUGAACUGGUUGAUUUCCAACUUCGGUGGCAAUUGGAAUAACGUACACCUCGUUGGCUAUAGUCUUGGGGCUCAUGUAGUCGGUCACGUAAGCCGUGCCACUGGAAGACGACCAGGUCGUAUUACAGGCUUAGACCCUGCUGGACCGCAAUUCGGAGGUAAUCCAGUCGCUCUUAGAGCACAAGAUGCGGCCUAUGUUGAGUGCAUCUCUACUGAUGGAGGAAUCUUAGGCAUUUUUGACCCCAUUUGCCAGGCUAACUUUUACCCCAACGGCGGUAGGCACCCACAACCUGGUUGCUGGAUAAACACAUGUUCGCACAGUCGUAACUACGAACUGUACGCAGCAACUGUUAGAUACGAUCGCUUUGUUGGAAGGCAAUGCGCUAAUUUGGCGGAGGCUCAAAACCAGCGGUGCAAUGGUAGACAGUUCAACAUGGGCAACGCUAAUAUAAAUAAACGAGGUAAUGGACUCUACGGUCUCACAACAGGAGCGCAGUGGCCAUUUUAA